GCUCCUGCUCCUCCCCCCUCCGCUUCCGGCGUCCUCGCCCCCAGGACCAUGCAGAGGCGGCGGCGCCCGGCGGACGCGCGGCCCGACCAGUGGGUGCUCGUGGCCCCAGAAUCUGUUACUGAACUCCCAAAGAAACCUGGUGGUGGACCUUUGUUUACAAGACUGCGCAAUCCUUGUACAGGAGAAGCAGCCCUCUACUUAUUCAAUAGCAGUGCACAGCAGCUGUUUGAAGUAAAAGCUUUUCAUGAAGAAUAUCAUUCUUGGUUUAUAGGUCAGUCUGUUCAACAGGAUGGACGCCUAUUGUUUGCAACACCAAUGGAUCCUUUAUUUCUUAUACUUUGGUACCUUAUAACAGCAGAGAAAGAGCAAGGAAAGUUUCAACUGCUGAAUCAAGUUGUGGUAGAUCCAGAGUUUCCUAGCUGUACAAUGUUACUACAGUGUGCAGGAGUUAAGCAAUUGCUACAUCAUAUUACGGAAGAAAAAGAAAUUGGCAGUCAGAAAUUUUACAAAUACAACCAGGAGAAGACAUUGAGGUGGUUAAAGAAAAAGGUCAACCAGACAGUGAAAGUACUUAAAGGCAGCAACAUAUGUGUUGGUGGAAGGGUGCAGUCAGCGACAUUUAUCAGCAGUAAACAAAUCACAGAUGCUGAAGAGGAUUAUCUACGCUAUGCCCAUGGGUUAAUAUCAGAAUAUAUUCCUGAAGAUCUGAGUGCAGAGUUGUCAAAAUACUUAAAGCUUCCUCAACUUGCAAGUUCCUCAGCAGAGCCCCCAUUGAAGAUGCCAGUACAAAGACGUCAGAGAAGGAAAUGAAGAGAACAUAAAGAGUCUUGUUUACAUUAUUUUAACUUCUCUUAAUCUCAAAGCAGCUUUUAAAGCCUUUUAUGCACUUUCUAAAAAUGUAUUUUUAACUGGGCACGCCUUAUUCUAAGAAAUGCAAUGCUCAACAGAUAAAUAUUAAAUGAGCAGUGUAUUAAAGUUAUACUGCUUCAGAAUUUUAUAGUUAAUGCCAUAUCAGUCGAUAGGAUCCUUCCAGGAAAGUACUUAAACACAUGUCUAACUUUAACUUUUAAACACACAAGUAGUCUUCAUGCAAGCAAUGGGACUGCUCCCAUGGUUAAGUACAUUGCUGGAUCAGGGCUGAAGGUCUCAAUCCUGCAGAGUGUUGAACACACUGGCCCAAAUCCAGCAAAGCACUUAACACAGAUUUUUACCUUGAAGUAUGCGAGCUACUCAAUUGAUGUGUUUGCAUGUGUGAUACCCAUAAAAAUCCUUCUCAAUGGGAUAACUCGAACGCUAGCAUUUAAGCACGUGCUUAAGCAUAGUGCUGUGUUAGAGCCAGCAAUUCCCAUUUCAGGUACGAAAUUAUGUAAAUAUUUCUUUAUAAUUUUGUUUGUUUAUUUUUGGGGAUUUUAUAACAAGUUUUAAAAUGUGAAAAUGUAACAUUUUUAUUGUUUUUCCAUUUCAAAAUUGUUCAUUGAAUUCAACUGGAAUAGUUUAUCAACCUGAACUUGCAUUUUUUGUCUAAAAAAUAAUACUCUGUUCUGAUUGUGUGAAAAUUCUUUAUCCCAGCCACUUUAGCAGCUUGAUUUAUACCACUAUACAUUGUUAAAGCUUGUAUCAUCACUUUCGUUAUAAAGGCGGAGCUGUAAAAAAAAAAAAAAAUACAGCUGGCAAGGCUGACGGGUGGUAUUUUUUUUUAUAAUGGAUAAGGAUACUAAAAGUUUGCAUUUUAUAGAUGGUUUCAUUUUCUUGUUACAAGACAGUAGUGCAUUUUGGUGGAUUGAGGAAGAGUAAAAACAACAUAAGAACUGUCAUUUACUGGGUGAGAUGAUAGGUCCAUGUUGCCCAGUAUCCUGUGUCACACAGUGGCAGUGUGGAUGCUGAGAGGGAGAGUGAACUGGAUAUGACCAGACAAGGUUCUUUGGGUAAAUGUGAUGCCUUUAUUAGACCAACUAAAUAGUUGGAAAUAUUGUUCUUUGCAAGCUUUUGGGCACAAACACCCUUCUUCAGGCACAGAGAGAGGCCGUUGGUGCACACAAAACACCAGCACAGACUCUCUAUAUGCCUGAAGAAGGGUGUUUGUGCCCGAAAACUUACAAAGAACAAUUUUUCCAACUCUUUAGUUGGUCUAAUAAAAGAUACCACAUAUACCCAAAGAACCUUGUCUGCCUAUGUCCUUAGACCAACAUGGCCACAACCAACAACUCUGGGUGUGAUGAGGGUUUUUUCCACUGUUCCUCUCACUUGGAGCCUCCAGCAUGGAAACCAGCAAAUAGAGCAUUUAGAACAUGGACUGUGUGUAUAGAGAAAAUCAGUAUUUUUUAAGAAGCCUUAACCUAUUCUGUCUGUCCCAAACCAUGAUUUAUUCAUAUGUAGUGUAUUUGUGUCUAUCAGGUACAGAGCUUGCAUUUGUACAAAUUCCUGUGUUUACUAGACUACCACUAACAUGUAAUCUUGCCAAAUAAAUGUUUAUAAAGUUAGCAGUUAACAGAGCUUUCAAAAUGACUGACCAUAUAUUUCUGUAAAUCUUAACUGUGUCCCCAUUCCACCAAAGCAUUUAAGCAUGUGGCCUGUAUGUGUUUACAUAAGUCUUAAGAACAUGUGUUCCAUGUAGCAGGUAAAAAAUAUUUUGGUUCAGUUCUGGUAGUAAUGUAUAACUUCCAUUGAUGUCAAUGAGAGUUCUGAGUAGAAUUGAUUGGGAUAUUUUUGGGAUACUAAAUUUCAACCAAACACAGGAAAUAAUUAUUCAGUUUUCUUCUCAUUUUCUGCCCAGUUAUAGUUUGUAAUGUAAAAAAUUGCAGGCUUGAGCUUUUAGACAUUAAAGUAUCUCACGCGCAAAAAUUAUCUUCUGAAUAGAUGUCCAUAUUGAGAUUCUCUCUUAUUAGCUUGACCCUGGGCUGAAUAGCAUAAAGCACUGUCACUUUUCACAGCUUAAUUCAUCAAUGUGUAUAUUAAUAGAAAUUUCAAGAUACUUCUGUGUAGAAGAUGCAGAAAUUUUACCUGAUUCUAAACUGAAUUUUCUAUUUUUGCUAGUUUAUAUUCAAAAUAUGAGAUGUAUAAUAAUAUGAUUUACUUUAAUAAAGAGUGGUUUAAUUCUUA